CGAACAGGGAGCAGUUACGGUGAGUGACGUCACGUGCCUGCAGCGCGCGGCUGAUCAGUUGGUUUGGGAGGCAUUUCGGUUAGGAAGCGCUGAGUCCAACGAGAAACACAACAAACACACGAUAAUGACUUAGACUGAAUGCAGCACAACUUAAGAAAGACUCCCGCGCGUCCUCGAGCUCGAGCUGCCGUCUAACUUGUACUAGUUAGCGGCUAACCUCACCUAUGGCUCCGUUUGUCAGUUUUCAGAUGCUGAAAUCACACGAAUCAUGUGGCAGAUUUGACAGGUCUGUAAAUGACCCGGCGUUUGAGCGCCCCGCAGCGAUGGAGGAGACUACAGAGGAGGGAAUGCUGGGAAAUGAUGACGCUAUUAAAAACACAACAGAAGCCGAUGGAUUCGGUUGCGCUCAGGCUGUCGCUUUGAGAACCGAAAAGGAUCAUGGCAGCGAAUCGGCCGUACAGAACGACAGUAUUGACGUCACCCUGGAGAACGAGUCCGUCUGGAGCCGCUUUCACAGCCUCGGCACUGAGAUGAUCCUGACGGAGCAGGGCAGACGCAUGUUUCCCUGCUGCCGUUUCCGUCUGAGUGGUUUAGACCCCCAUCUCAGGUACUUCCUAGUCAUGGAUUUUACUCCUUUGGAUGAUUUCCGACACAGAUGGAAUGGGAAAACGUGGGAGCGCGACGGAACGGCUGAACCUCACCCUCAGAGUCCGGAGUGUUUUCAUCCCGACUCUCCGGCUCUGGGUCAGCACUGGAUGGACGGCCCGGUGUCCUUCUAUAAGGUGAAGUUAACGCACAGCACUCUGGAGCGGGACGCUGGCGUGCUUCUGCAUCCCAUGCGUCGCUACCAGCCGCGCCUUUUCGUGGUUCCCGCGAGCGUGUGUCCGGAGCGCUCCGUUCCGCUGGAGGGUCCCGACGUUCACAUGUUCACCUUCCCUCUGACAGAGUUCUACGCCGUGACCAGCUACCAGAACCCGCAGAUAACCCGGCUUAAAAUCGACUGCAAUCCCUUCAUGUUGGCGUUCAGAGAAGACGGGCCGAGUGCUCGCCUCAUCCAGAACAAACUCGGACUCGCUCUGACCGGCAGGUCUCCGUCACGGCCGUCUGUUGCCAAUCACACCGGGAAUAACGGAAAGGUGUCCGCUGGAGAUCAACACCUCAGCUCAACACACGCGCAUCAGGAAUCUGAGUCCUGUGAAGGAGGAGGAAUCCUGUCAAUCGACAGUGAAGGUGGACGGCUCAUCAGACCCAGAGAUGAACCAGCAGCUUCUUUAGAUUCUGAAUCUACUGAAGACGUGAUGACGGAUCCGGCGAGACCUCAUAUCAGUCAACCGCUGGGCGUAACCAGCCGCAGGAAACCCGCCGUUCCUUCGACCGGUCCGACUCUUUCUGCCGCCUGUAAUGCCAAGCGUGUUUACCGGAGGCGCAUGAAGGGAGCAUGGAAAGCCAAGGCUAAAUGGUGGUCCAAUGUGAAGUACGCGAGAGCGGCUGCUGCCCGGGUCAACAAAGCCAUGGACGUGUCCAUGCAGCCGGACCUGGAGGACGUGGAUGGUGUCUUGUUUGUGUCCUUCACUGCAAAGGAGGCGCUUGACGUUCAUGUCGGAAACAUGCGGAAAUCUGUACAAUCAUCUCCAUCAUCACACACACAAAAUCAGACGGAGAACUCGCUGCCUGAUAAAGGUCUGAACGUGUCUGAUCAUGGUUUAUCUGCAGCAGACAGAAUCUCUGAGCAUGAGCUUGUGUUACUGCAGCAUCUGAAGCAGCUGAAGAACAGACAGAUCCUUCAUCCUGGGCUUCAACAAGUUGGGUUGAAACUGAGUCUUCUGGAUCCAGCUGCUCCCAUAGACCUACAUUAUCUCGGAGUUCAUUUACCUUCGCCUGUUCUCGACCUCACGCCAUCCUCCUAUGCUCCUUUCGUGUCGCGGACCGGGAAGACUAAUGAUCUGACCCGGAUCAAGGGCUGGAUGGAGAAGUUCAGUUCCAAGAGUGCAGCUGACAGCAACCAUUCUGCAUUUUCCUCGGACAUGUUGGAUGAGUAUCUUGAAAGUGAAGGCCAGCAGAUCAGUGACCGCGCCGCUGUGUUUUCAACAAGCUCUCCAUCACCGGUGGUCUAUCAGCUGCCCGUCAAAAGCAGCAGUUACGUCCGAACCCUGGACAGUGUUCUUCAGACGCGGAGCGUGACACCAAACGUGUGUUCAUCCAGACCUCCAGUAAACAUUGUGCGUUCUUCCUCGAGAAGCACCUCUCAGCUCUCGCUUCAAGACCAUCAUCCUAAAGUGUCCAGCGGAAGAGCCAGAAAAGGUUAUUCCAGACAUGGGAGGAGGUACCGUCGUCAUAGGCACCAGCUGAGGUUCAACAUAGAAGCUGUCGAUGGAUCGCAGUCCUCCACAUCGGCUAAAAGUCUCACUGAGCUCUUGGCACAAGAAGAACACGCCGUCUUUCAUGGCAGGAGUCCCACUUACAUCACCACUGAGAGAGCGAGCUUUGCCUUGAGUUCACUGCUGACCACAGAGAUGGCGGUGAAGACGACACGGUUCAGCACGUGGCACGACAACGACGAAGCUUGCGUGAAGCACUUCUGCCGGCUGGGCUGCGUCUGUCACAGUCUGAACAGAGAGAUUCGCGGAUCCACCCACUGCAGACGAGUGCAGUGCAUGUUCAGCUGCGGCUGCUUCAAGCACAAGAUCCUUCUGAUCCGCUCACCAGAACUGAGCCAAACGCACAACACCAGCAGCCUGAUGGCCUUCCCCAUUGCUGACCAAGGAUCAGACAGCAGGCCUGCGCCGGCUCUCCGAGUGACCAGCCUGUGGAAGAGGAGACUGCAUGAGGACGACCUCGAGCCGCUCUUCACUCCUAAAGCAGCCGGUGUGCCGAGACGAGCGCAGCGCUUACACACCUACACGCCACGGCCCAAUCCUCAGGUGCAGGAGAAGGAUCCAGUUUACCUGUUCUUGGAGAGCAUGAUGACUUGUGCUCGUGUGCGAGAGUACAACAGUAACCCUCCGCCGCAGGUGCACUUACUGCCGCCCAAGAGACCUGAUGAAGCGAUCAAUGACGUGUCUCAGUCGCAUCUCACUAGUCCAGGCGUGACUGCAGGAGAGCCAGAGCCCACUAGAGUGCUGGAGAUCAUUUCUCGGUGUAACUGGGAGUCCCAUCGGUCUCUGGUGCUGAAAGAACUGUUUCGCUGCAUCAACAUGAACUGCCUCUCAUCUGUUUUCUCUGUUGACAUCUACAAAGUGGAACUACUCUCAAAAAAUCUUAAAAUGGACGGGUCCAGCUCCAUGUUAACCUACAAGGUCUGCGUGUCCCUCGCUGAGAAGCCAGGAAAGACUCGCGAGCCGAAGCAGGACGCGAAGAAGCGAGAGGAUGCGCUGAGAAAUCCUUCCUCUCAGAAAGUCAACAAACUAAAUGAGCGUGUUAAUGACAGUCUGAACACCAUAGAGGCAAAGCACUUUCCUCUUCUGUCACGCGUCGUUCCUGCUGGUAUUCUGAAGGCUGAUAAGAAGACGUUAGUGGGUUCUGGUCCAAUCAAGGUCAAUGGGAAAACGUACACUCAGGCUAAACUGCUGCUGGGCCGAAUGGGAGCGUUGCAUCCAGCCAACCGUCUGGCAGCGUAUGUGACUGGCAGGAUAAAACCAGCGCCUCAAAACACCAGCCACGGCAGAUCAGUUUCCAAAACGCCUCAGGUCAGGACGAGGUGUUCAAACUCGACUCCAGCGCGUGAUCCCUCCAAACGUACAGUGAGGCAAGCAAACCAGAGUAAAGCAGCUUUCAAAGCGCCAGCUCCCCAAACUCUGGCCAUCUUCAAGGCUCCUGAUGGCAUCAAAAGCACACCAACCCUCUUCAUAUUCUCACAUGUUCCCAAUCCUGUAGCUCCACCUCCAAACCCCACAUCAACAUCUAAUCAUAUGACAUCAUCUAAGCCUGGGCUAGAUCUGAACACUGUAGCCCCGCCCCCUUCUGUCCCGAACGCUGUAGCUCCGCCCCUCUCUGGCGCUGCACCACUGUCUAAGGGUGAGACGGUUCUCCCGGCUUCUGCUCUUCCUCCGGGACAGCAGGUGGUGCUGCAGCCAGUCGCGGGGAUGACAGGAGUGAACAUGUGUCAGUUCAACGGACAGAUGAUUCAGCUGGUGCCCGUCCCUGCAGCGCCACACAUGCAGCUCCAGAGCAGCGCAGGAAGUGCUCAACAGGAAGCGCAAACACCUACACAACUACCUCAGAUGACCAAAUCUAUAUUAAAUCCAGCACCUUCACAAAAGCCUUUUCCAUUCAUUGCACCCAGAAUCCAUCCAGUUCCGGGAAACAGCAGCUUUACCAUUGGAAGUGGUGUACAGAACGGUUUUCUUGCUAAGAAUAACACGUUUUCCUUCCGGAUAUGCCCGCCUGCUGCUGAGGGCAAGACCACGGGGCUCGAACAGACAGAAUCAGGAGGAUCCCCUUCCACUUUGUUACUUCCUGGAGGAUAUAGGUUAAUAAAACUGCCAAUGUUGGUCCAACCCAGUGUGAAUCCCGAGAGCAGCCCGUCUGGGUCACACGUGAUGACCGAAAGCACCGAGAAAUCAACCGCAAGCUCUGAAGAAAACCCUACGAGCUGCAGCCACGCUGAAGACACUGGUGAAGACCCAACCAGACACCAGCCCGCCGUUUCUAUCAAAACAGAACCAAGUGAAACUCCAACAGACGCUCCUCCAGUUGUCAUAAAAGUAGAGCCUUACAGUGACUCGCUGCAAACAGACAAACAUCACGACACGAGUGAACAUCUGUGCAGUGACGGUGAGCAGGAGUAUGUUCGCAUUAAGAUUGAGGAACCCUCCGAAAUGAACCAGUCGAAUCCGUCAGAUGACAACCAGAACAAAGACUCGCCGCACUGCGUAACGGUCAAAAUGGAGGAACCAGACGGUGAGACGGACAUCAAACAUUGUCUUAAAGCCUCUGAAAGCAGCGGCCCGGUACAGACAGAGAAAUCGCCCUCCGUUUCUGAUGCCCUCAGUGAAGCUCAACAACAUCUGAAAACAAACAGUGUUGGUGAUUUUUCAUGCCCUUUAUUCGUGAGUCCGAUCUCGGCGUUCUCAAAGCUAACAUUCGCUGUCCCUUUGCUUCCGGCUCAAACAAAAACACCAGAAGAGCCGCGUGAACACGCAUGUGCUACACCUGCUGACGGCAGUGAUUCUUUCAGCAGAAGGGCCAAUCGCAGGCCUCAAGAGCUUCAGAACCGCAUCCAGUGGCUGUGGAAAAGAAAACCACAAGCUUUGACCUCGGACGAUCCUCCUGCUGUUUCUGAUGGAGAACUCGCUGCAGGCGUUGAUGACUCGAGCAGUGCGCUCAUGUAUUCCAGUGAUGGAUGGACCACUGAAGACAGUAAUGAGAAGAGCAGUGAAGACGAUGUUGACAUUGAGACGUUCGAGGCGGAGGAUGAGAGGAAUAUCUGGCGCUUAAGAGAAAAGGCAAGACGGAAAACACAGCAAGCAGCUCCACGUCAGUGGCUCGCUAAACCGGUAGGAAAAGCGGCCCAUCAUGCAGUGCGGCUGAUGUCAGAUCUGCCUCUGUACAAGCGCACGUGGCGUCUGAAUCAAGCGCUGAGAGAAAGGAAGCGUCAGGUUGAGUUGCAGCGCAGUUUGGACUCGUUGAGGAGGACGCUGUGUGUCGAAGAACACGUGAGGAUGAGCACUGAAGACCUGCUCCGUCAGGCUCGUCAGGUGAUCACAGCUCUUGAGGACCACGGCAGGUCUCUGAUGGCACAGAAACGGGCUCUGAUCCAGCAGCAUUCUCACUAUCAGACUGUGAUGUCACAGCGCUCUGUGGCAGGAACAGAAUCACAUGUUAAACAGAAGGCAGCAGCUCCUUCAUCCUACAGAAGUUCAGCAGAAACGCCUCAACACGAGCGAUCCGAGCUGAAGAGAGCGUCACGUCUGCCCAACAUCGUCCUGCAGUCCUUCACCGGGAUUUAGAGAGAUCCGUGAUUCCACUUCAUCCGUGUGAAAGCAGUCGGACAGAGGCUGAAACGAGACGUGAUCCCGGUGCCGUUGGGCUGUGAACCUUCACACUAAGAAUACCAGAGUAAAAACAGAGUAUUCUGGAGUCAAAUCCCUCACUCAUGUGAUUCAUAUUGAGCAAUACUUCAUUUUUCUGUUAAUGAUGGGUCAGAUUGUCUGUUUUUCAGGUUUACAGCAUUAGUUUGUACAGUGUUUGUAAAAAGCAGUUUAAUAUCUCUUGAUAAUGAGUUCAUUAACCCACAUUGGGCAGUUUUUUCUACGGCUUCCUGUUUAAUACUGAUUAUGUAUUUCUGUUGUUAAAGCGGAUUCAUUUUUGUGAUUUAUGAAUCAGGCCUGUGUUUGUUUUCUGUCAUAAUCACUAAACUCAUCUGGAAAUAUCGCAGAUUUAUCUUCAUGCAUUAAUCUUGUAAAGUUUGUCUGUUUGUAAAUUAUGCAGAUUUCUCUUUAUCAUAUUGACAUGGCCUCAGGAUUGAGUUUAUAUUAUGGCCUUGUGCAUAAAUAAAAUUUAAAUCCAUGUAAA